AUGGCAAACUCGCACGCUUCCACUGUCGCCGACGUCGAGAGCGGCAAGGCCGAGGGCCAGAUCGCUCCCGCUCGGAAAGGCCUCUUUGCGUACAUGCAGGAGGUCGUCGAUUCGAAGAAGUGCAACCUGAUCUCCAUCUACGCCUGUUUCCUGACCGGAUACACUAGUUCCGUGUCCUUCUCUGCCUGUUUCAUCUGGUGCGGUUUCCAGACCGGCAACGUCGCGCAGCUCGGUAUUGCGAUUGCGCGCAACUUUGACCCGCUUAGCACAAGAACGUACCACUUCAUGAAGCCGGACCAGCAGGCAUUUGUGUCCCUCCUGUCCUUCCUGGCGGGAACGAGUCUGGGCCGUAUCGGAGACAAGAUCGGGCCGAAGCGACGCACAUGGCUCGUGCUCGCGACCUUCAUGCAGUGCCUCAUGACCAUGGCCGGCGCGCUGUGUGCCCACUUCGGCGGCGAGUCGCAGUUUGCCGGAGAGCGCGCCAACCCCUCCUGGACGAAUCCGAUCAGCAUGACGUGUCUCGGCUUCAUCUCGGCCACGAUCGGCCUGCAGGGCAUCAUGGGCAAGCGCAUCGCGUCGCCGAUGAACACGACCGUGGUGCUGACGACGACAUGGGUCGAGCUCUUCAACGACCCCCAGCUGCUGGGCCUCAAGCCCGUGCCGAGCCGCGACAUCCGCAUGGCGGGCGUCUUCAUGCUCUUCCUCGGCGGCUUUGUUGCGCGCGCCCUCCUCGCCCAGAUUGGCGCCGAUGGGGCCCUCGGCGUCCUCUGCGGAUUCCGCUUCUUGCAGCUUGUCUGGUGGGCUUUCAUCCCGAGCGCGACGCCGGCCUAA